UGCCGUGCCACGCCAAUUGUCGUGAGAAACGCCCACUGCCCCCGCCAUUACACCCAAUUUCUUCUAGUCAACCGCAGUCUGGUCAGCAAGACGUGUGUUCCUGCGCUCUCGCCCACCUCGCCAACCAGCGCCACCGUGCGAAUUCGACUUCCAAGCCCCACAAAGGAACCACACAUCAGCGUGCGUGGGACAAGCCCAUCAUCCUCGUAUCUCACCCAAGUCAGCCACCAUGGAAGCUGAAAUCAGACGCCAAAUCCCAAACAUCGACCCUGUCCUGUCAGAGUACUCGGUGGGGUACCUGACCCAUGCUGCAAAUUCCUUUUCUUCCGAUUCCGACCCCAAUGCCCCCUCACCACUCGAGGAAGCUGCCGCAACCGUGAGCGCAUUGCUCCUGUCCGCUUCUGGAGACCUCUCCAACCAGAACGAGACGAGCAUCCAGAGUCUUGUUGACAAGUUCAUUUCACGCCUCAAUGCAGCAAAUGACACGGAGGGCGCCGCUCGCCAGGUGGCUCCCUCGGCUAAGAAGCUGGAGCAGGCCAUCCACGUAGGCUCAGCGAGGAACAUAUCCUCUACGCUAGGCCUAGCAGGCGCCGCCGUGGAUCUGGAAUCUGCCAAUGCACGCAAAGUCGAGUCCAGAGUCGACCGCAAGAAACUGGAAAAGGCCGAGCGCAAGUUGCGUGCCAAACAGGAUCGUAAAGAAUUCAAAAACGUCGAGUAUGAGGCCUCCAAGCUUCUCAACAUACCAGAUGAGCUGCAAAGUUAUGAAGAGUUUUACAUGGCUGUCAACCCAUUGCAACUGGGCGACGCUGCCUCCAAGAGCAAAGACAUCAAGAUCGACAGCUUCGACAUCUCCAUUUCUGGCAAACGCAUACUUACAGACAGCACACUCACCCUCUCCUUCGGCCGCAGAUAUGGUCUGGUUGGUCAGAACGGUAUUGGUAAAUCCACGUUGCUUCGGGCUCUCAGUCGCCGUGAAGUUUCGAUUCCUACGCACAUUUCAAUUCUCCACGUGGAGCAGGAGAUCACCGGUGAUGACACGCCUGCCAUCCAAGCCGUCUUGGAUGCCGACGUUUGGCGGAAGCACCUUCUCAAGGAACAAGACAAAAUCACAAAGGAACUUACCGAGCUGGAGGCAGAGCGUUCUACCUUGGCAGAUACAUCUGCGGAUGCUGCAAAAUUGGACACUCAGCGCGAGGGCCUCGACCAGACCCUGAGCGACGUUCACUCCAAGCUUGCUGAAAUGGAAUCCGACAAGGCUGAGCCCAGAGCAGCUAGUAUCCUUGCUGGCCUGGGUUUCUCGACUGAGCGACAACAGUUUGCGACCAAGACCUUCUCCGGAGGAUGGCGCAUGAGAUUGGCUCUGGCACGAGCUCUAUUCUGUGAACCCGAUCUCUUGCUUCUCGACGAGCCGUCGAACAUGCUGGACGUUCCGUCCAUUACCUUCUUGUCGAAUUACCUCCAGGAUUAUCCCAGUACUGUGCUUGUCGUAUCCCACGACAGAGCAUUCCUGAAUGAGGUUGCAACAGAUAUCAUCCACCAGCAUUCUGAGCGACUCGACUACUACAAGAGUUCCAACUUUGACUCCUUCUACGCAACCAAAGAAGAACGUCGAAAGACACUGGCGCGCGAGUACGAGAAGCAAAUGGGCGAGCGUGCGCAUUUGCAAGCCUUCAUCGACAAAUUCCGGUACAAUGCUGCCAAGUCGUCGGAAGCUCAAUCUAGGAUCAAGAAGUUGGAGCGGAUGCCCGUCCUGGCAGCACCCGAGGCGGAAUAUACGGUUCACUUCAAGUUCCCCGAGGUGGAGAAGCUAUCGCCCCCUAUCAUUCAAAUGAGUGGUGUUACAUUUGGCUACACGCCAGACAAUAUCCUGCUCAAGCAUGUCGAUCUUGACGUACAGCUCGAUUCACGUAUCGGCAUCGUGGGCCCCAACGGUGCCGGUAAGACAACGGCUUUGAAGCUUCUCAUAGGCGCGCUCCAGCCCACGUCUGGUUUGAUCUCACAAAACCCGCGCCUUCGAGUCGGCUUCUUUGCUCAACACCACGUCGAUGCGUUGGACCUCAACGACAGCGCGGUAGGCUUCAUGUCCAAACAGUACCAUGGCAAGGCGGACGAGGAGUACCGCCGUCACCUUGGUGCGUUUGGUAUUACGGGCAUGACGGGACUGCAGAAAAUGGAGCUAUUGUCGGGAGGCCAGAAGUCGCGUGUUGCCUUUGCCUGUCUGGCUCUGACGAACCCGCACAUUCUCGUUCUUGACGAGCCGUCCAAUCACUUGGAUAUUGAGGCUAUGGAUGCGCUGUCAGAAGCGUUGCAAAAGUUCCAGGGUGGUGUGCUAAUGGUCAGUCACGAUGUCACAAUGCUGCAGAACGUAUGCACAAGCUUGUGGGUGUGCGACAACGGAACGAUUGAGCACUUUGACGGCACUGUGAAGGAUUAUAAGCGAAGAAUCACUGCGCAAGCAAACGAGGCUGGCGUGCCUCCUAGUACAGACGGCUUGUCCGUAGUCACUCCUUUGCCUCCGAAUCCUAGCGAUAGCGACACGCAGCGCCCGCCUUACACCGUCACAGCUCCCGCGAGCCUCAACGCUGUCUUGACCACGGCUAGCGACUCACCGUAUCCCCCUCCCUUCUCCUCGCUCUACUUCCCGUCAAACGACACAGUCGAAGCGCGCAACAAGGCCUGCAAUACUCCAGAAGACGAGUCGCCGCCUGCAUUCGCUCCAGCGCCACCCUUCACCGAGUCUUCGUCCGCUGCCGCUGCUGCUGCUGCCGCUGCGACCAAAGCUGCCCUUCCGCGCGACAACAAAGACGCUUCCAGCAGCAAACAUCCCGACGACGGAGAGCCGCCGCCUCCAUACAGCGAAGGAUCAAGCCCGCUCGAGUCGUUUGCGUACGUCAUGGCAUCCGCAGGAGGUCCCGCGAGCAUCAUCACCCAAGUGUCACAAUCGAGUGCAGGGCCACCGAUAAACACGCUAGGCGGAUCUGAUGAGAACAUCACCUUGGAGCUGAGAGGAUCGCGCUUCACGCUGUCGCGCGAUGAGCUUCUAACUCUGCCCGAGUUCGUCCUCCUCUCACUCUUUCCUAAUGGCCUACUCCCAGAUGGCCACAUGAACUCUUACCAUGAUGGAGAUGUGUACCCAGUCGACGUCGGUAACCCCAACUCCUCUUCCCCUCCCCUUUCGUCUUCCCCGCCCAUGGGUCCAAUGGCCAAGAUCGUGUACCACCUCUCCAACCCCGCAUUAUAUUUAUCUGACAAUAUGUAUCCUUCACAGUACGAUCCAAACUCCCUCCAGUACAUGCUGGAGUUCUUCCGAACUGUAGCCCAGACGAUCCCCGCAUCUCCCCCUUCGCCAACUGCAGCCCCAGAGCAUCCUGCCGAGGCUGUACCUAUUGAGCCCAUGCAUGGCUCCGCUAGGGACAUGCUGCAGGACCGCGCUGGUAUAAUCGUCCUCCGGGAGGACCUCGACUUCUAUGCGAUCCCGCCGCACCGCGAUAUUACCCAGCCCGAGAUGAUUGAAGUCAAACGAGCUGCGGGCGAGGCAUUGCUGAGGCAGGAUGGCAUCUUCUCAGGUCUGCGAAAGAGCGAGGAGCCAGGAACGACCGAGCAGCACCUCAUUGAGAUGCUGACCGCCGGUGGCUUCAACCACCACGAUCGCUGGGGUCACCGUGCCGGCGAGCCUAACAAAGCCGUCAUCUGCAGUAUCGCACUCGCGCGCCUGAGGACCGACAUCAAAGGCAACGAUCUUGCUAACAGCAACGCUGUCGGGAUGGCGCAAAAGCUACUUCUCUUUUGGAGGAAACCUGCUCGCCGAUGCUGGUGGGAAGGUGUUGAGCUUGAGAACGUCCGAGGUGUAGAGGGCAAGCUGAAGGUGUGGAUAAGGCGAGUCUGGACGCUAGAGAUGGUGAGUGAACCCUUGAGCUAAGCGCUAUCUAUCUACCCCAUGCUUACACGUUCACAGAGCGUCAUCGGUCUCCGUUAAGACCCUCGUUAGUGUUCCUUUUGUUGAUUCGGCGAUGUUUCCUUGCCU